GCCGCCGCCGCCGCCGUUACCGCCGCGGGGAGCUCCGAGCCUCCCGGGCCGUGCCGGGCGGCUGGGGCAGCAUGUGGGGCUCCCGGGCGGCGGCGGCGGUACCGCGGUGGUGCCGGGCCCUGCGCAGCUCCGCCGCCCUGAGCGGCUCCAGGAACCUGCUGAGGAAAAUGAUGCGUAAAAAAAAGAAGAAGUUUUGGUACGACAGCCCGACCCUGGGGUCUACAAUGAUGUACAAACCAACCAAGUUGGACUCUGUAAUGAAAGUCGAGCAGACAAAAACUAGGAAAGAAGACAGCAUACGCUGCAGGGUCUUGAACGGUCUUAUUCACAAAGCUGUGGCAGAGAUGUUGACCACCUGUGAAGUUAAUCAGGAACUUUAUGAUCUCAAGCUGGAAAUCUGCAAGGUGUCCCUGGCAUCAAACUUUUCAGCGUGUCGUGUGUACUGGAAUCCUGCUGCUACUAUGGAGAAAGAAAGUUAUGUUGAAAGUGUGCUGCGGAAGAGUGCUCCUCGUAUACGGUAUCUUCUGAUGAGUCAGCAGAUUAUAGGAAAUGUACCUCCAAUAGUAUUUGUAAAAGACAAAGAAGCUGCAGCUGUAAAAGAGAUUGAGGAAUUAUUGUCAAGUGCUGAUUUUGGACCUCCAGAAGAAGUAGAAACAUCUCAAAAUGAUUCUAGUAAACUCUCUUCUUCAGCAACUCAGUCUUCGGAUUCACCCAUGCGGUCUAACCUUUUUGGUAUUGAUCAUGAACUGUUGAAUAAGCAGAUAAUGGACUAUAAAAGACUGAAAGUUUCAAGAGAUCUAGAAGGCAUUGCCUGGACGGAAGAGCAGGAGCAGCAGCUUUCUCAGAUUAAAAAGAAAAUGAAGAAGAAAAAACUAAGGAAUCUUCCUGAUGAUGACGACAUUGCGCCACAGAAAUACUUACUGGAGAGAUAUGAAGGUGAUUACUGGAAUGAUAAUACUGAAUCGGUCUCGGACUAUGACCUGGAGGAUGAAUUACAGGAAGAGAUAAAUGAAUUGGAGGCAGAUGAUGGCAAAACUCUAAGCCAGCCUACUGAGAAACUGAACUGAACUGAAAAACUCACUCCCUUCAAAAUGGAGGCUGCCAAUAGCAAAAAAAGACGACUGCCAUAGAUACUGAAAGAUUAAUUUGGUACAGACUUACCACUUCCUCUUUCAGACUAAUAGGUUUGCCACACGUGGGGAGGUUUGCUAGCACAAGGUAUGUAAGAAGAACAAAAGUGCUAUUUGUGACAUUCUGUUAAGUAGCUUUCAAGCUGCUGCAAUUGUAGGACUUUCAACCAGAGCAGUUUUCUAAUAAGAAAACAUACAUAGUGCAGCACUGAGUUAAAAAUUCUUGCAGCUCAAAUUUCAAAUAAAAUUAUGGUUUCUGUGUUGAAAUACA